UAUGUUGCAGCUCACACAUUGUGAUAAUAUUAUGUUGAUUUUUGGUUUUUGCUUUUUAAUAUUUGAGGAACUGGACAACUAUAUGCUUGUCAUUCCUAAGGAGAAUGAUGAAACAUCAGUAAUUCUAUGAUGUAUUAUCAUCUCCAUAAUCACAGUUACCUCCUCAUUUUCUUAGUUCUCAUAAUUUCAGCAUCAGCCCAGUUGGUUGGAUCAAUGGAUGGAGGGAAUCACUCUAUUGUGUCUGAGUUUGUGUUUCUGGGACUCACACAUUCAUGGGAGAUGCAGCUUCUCCUCCUGGUUUUCUCCUCUGUGCUCUAUGUGGCAAGCCUGACUGGAAACAUCCUCAUUGUGUUUUCUGUGACCACUGAUCCUCAUUUACAUUCCCCCAUGUAUUUCCUAUUGGCCAGUCUCUCCUUCAUUGACUUGGGAGCAUGCUCUGUCACCUCACCCAAGAUGAUUUAUGACCUUUUCAGAAAGCGCAAAGUCAUUUCAUUUGGAGGCUGCAUUGCUCAGAUCUUCUUCAUCCAUGUCGUUGGUGGUGUGGAGAUGGUGCUACUCAUAGCCAUGGCCUUUGACAGAUAUGUUGCCAUAUGUAAGCCUCUCCGCUAUCAGACUAUCAUGAGCCCACAAAUGUGCAUUUUGUUCCUGGCUGCUGCCUGGGCCCUUGGUAUCAGCCACUCACUGUUCCAACUAGCAUUUAUUGUUAAUCUACCCUUCUGUGGUCCUAAUGUGUUAGACAGCUUUUACUGUGACCUUCCUCGUGUCCUCAGACUGGCCUGUACAGAUACAUACAGAUUGCAAUUCAUGGUCACUGUCAACAGUGGGUUUAUCUGUGUUGGUUCUUUCUUUAUACUUCUCAUCUCCUACAUCUUCAUCCUGUUUACUGUUUGGAAACAUUCCUCAGGUGGUUCAUCCAAGGCCCUCUCCACUUUAUCAGCUCACAUCACCGUGGUCCUUUUGUUCUUUGGUCCAACCAUGUUUGUCUAUACAUGGCCACACCCCAAUUCACAGAUGGACAAGUUUCUUGCUGUUCUUGAUGCUGUUCUCACUCCUUUUCUGAAUCCAGUCAUCUAUACAUUCAGGAAUAAAGAGAUGAAGGCAGCAAUGAAGAGAGUAUGCAAACAGUUAGUGACUUACAGAAAGAUCUCAUAA